AUGGCGGGAUCUAAGGACAGACCAGCUCAGUACAAACAAUCUUCUCGUAAAGGUAAGAAGGCAUGGAGAAAGAAUAUUGAUAUAAGCGAUGUGGAACGCAAGCUCGAAGAGAAGCAGAUCCUUGAGACUACUCAUGGUAAGCAGAAUUUGACAGAACUUAGCGAUGAUGCGCUUUUUGCGGUUGAUACUGAGGGUGACCAAGUUUUAAAGCAGAAAUUAGUGAAGAGGAAAGCAAUCAAGAAAACUCUGAAGUCAACCGAGAUUUUGGAGUCUAUCAAGUCUAAAUCCAAAGUGCCUGCUCUAACCAACCCAAAGACUGCUAACAAGAAACAUGAUAAGAUCCAAGGGGUAUCAAAGAAAGAACUGGACAGAUUACUUGCUUUAGCUGGUAAAAAAAUUGGUGAAAGUAAGUUGAAAGCAAGAGUUGCAAAAGAAGGUCUUGUGAAGUCAGGAUCCCUUGAUUUAUGGGGCGAAGAUGCUGGUAAGGAGGUUAAAGUACCAUCUGGACUGAAGCUUAAGAUAGCACCAGAAGAAGUAGAGAAACUUCCAAAUGGAUUCUUAAAACAGUCUACAACUAGUUGGUCCGUCGCAACUGUUAAGCCGGAUUCCAUUGCUCGCGUGCCAGAAAUUGUCAAAGAAAGAGAUGUCAUUCCACAUGCAGGAAAGUCAUAUAAUCCAAGCAAAGAAGAAUGGGAGGCUCUUAUAAGUACUGAAUAUGAGGGUGAGCUGAUAAAUGAACAGCGCAGGAUAGCUUUAGAACAAUAUAAACAACGAAUUCAACACUUGAUGGAUACUAUUGAAGAUAAGGAGGAAGAGGACUCCGAUUCAGAAGAAGAAAAUGAAUCAGAACUUGAUGAUAAAGACCUUUCAGAAGAGGGAGAAGAGACUAAGUUGUCUCUGAAUCCAGCAACUAAGAAUAAAAAGAAAACGAAAUAUCAGAGAAAUAAACAAAGAAGACACGAAGAAAAAGUCAAACUUCAGCAAGAAUUAAAGAAAUUGAAGGAAAAGGUUCUCAAACUUGAAAAAUUAGAGGAAAUUCAGCAGGAAGUGGAAUCCACCGUCCCAAAUCCGGUCUCUACAGCCGGAAAAGUUAAAAAGAACAAGAAGCAUAAGCUUGGUACUAAACAUUCCGUCAUGGAAGACAAUUUAGAGGUGAAAUUCUCAGAUGAACUAUCAGAUUCAUUAAGAAAAUUAAGACCAGAAGGUAAUCUGCUAUAUGACACUGUGAGAGCAUUACAAAGUUCUGGUAGGGUAGAAUCUCGUAUCCCUAUUAGAAAAGGUAGAAGAUAUAAACCAAGAGUCACUGAGAAAUGGACUUACAAGGACUUCAAAUAG